AUGACCACUCUUCGGGUACUACUGCACAUAGCUGCUCACCGCGACUACGAGCUGCACUCUCUUGACUUCAGCACUGCUUUCUUGCAGGGCAGCCUGCACGAGGAGAUCUGGCUGCGUCGCCCACCGGGCUUCACUGGGUCUUUUCCUCGUGGCACCCAGUGGAGCCUCCGGCGGCCAGUCUACGGUCUUCGCCAAGCACCGCGUGACAUUCUGGCACGCUAUGUUGCUCCUGGGAGACACAGACUGGAGCAUAUGGCUGCACCGAAGAGGGUGUUGCGCUACUUGUGCAGUACGCUGGGCAUGGGGCUUGUGCUUGGAGGGCAGAGUCCAGUGGUCCUCACUCGGCAUGCAGACGCUUCUUCGGCUGACGACCAGGCUACGCAGCGGUCGUCACAGGGUUACACCUUCAGCCUUGGUUCCGGCUCUGUUUCGUGGCGAGCUACUCGCUCGUCUUCUGUUCUCGGCUCCAGUUGUGAGGCUGAGAUCUACGCAGGAGCCAUGGCUGCACAGGAGCUUCGCUGGCUCACCUACCUGCUGACUGACCUCGGAGAGCCGCCUCGUUCUCCUCCAGUGCUGUACGUAGACAAUAAGCCCAUGCUGGCCUUGUGUCGGGAGCAGAGACUGGAGCAAAGAACAAAGCAUAUUGCUCUCCGCUACUUCCUUGCUCGUGAGCUGCAGCAGCGUGGUCAGCUGCGUCUUGCGUACGUGGCCUCUGAGGUCAACGGUGCUGAUGUCUUCACCAAGGCACUUGCGCCUUGUGAUCAUCAGCGCUUCUGUACUCAGCUGGGUCUUGGACCUGCCUUGCCUCACUUGCUCACCUCUUGA